AUGCGCUUCACCCUCCCCAUCGCGCUCCUCGCCUCGGCAUCAGCCGCCCUACCUGCCCCUCCCUCGGGCAAACCCACCACCACCCCGCCGGCGGCGCCAGCAUCCGCCAUUCUCAAAGCCCUCGCGGGCACCUACGCCCUCGUCAACACCUCCAGCACGCUCAACAACGAACCCGUCCCUGACGCCACCUACGGCGCCGCUCCCGUCGGCACCCUCAUCUACACGGCCUCGGGCUUCAUGAGCGCCACCAUCACCGCUACCGAAAAGGCUUUUCGCCCAUUGGUUUCGUUCCCCUUCCGCGCCAACGAGUCCGACGCGGAUUGGGCGCUGGUCGGCAAGCACAGCAUUGGGUAUUCGGGUCCGUUCAGGAUCAACACCGAGCUUCCUGCGACGGAGAGCGAGGGACAGGUAUUUCAUGGGCCCUUGACGGUGGCGAAUGUGCCGACAAUGGUGGGGCAGGAGCAUCGGAGAAACUAUACAAUUGUGGAGCAAGAGGAAGGGGGCAAGACGGUCAAGUAUUUGAAGAUUGGGAGUGAGCGUGGGGGUGGUUUCCGGGGUGUGCUUUGGUGGAAGAGAGUUGAUUAA